CGGGCUGCCCGUACACCACUGCUGAACUGAUCCUCAUCGUCAUGGUGACCAGCUCGCUCAGCUUCAUCACCGUCCUGGGCAACGUCCUGGUGAUGCUGUCAAUCAAAGUCAACCGCCACCUCCAGACGGUCAACAACUACUUCCUGUUCAGCCUGGCGUGUGCUGAUCUCAUCAUCGGCCUGCUCUCCAUGAACCUCUACACCCUCUAUAUCGUCAAGGGCUACUGGCCCCUGGGUGCGGUCAUCUGUGACCUGUGGUUGGCCUUGGACUACGUGGUCAGCAACGCAUCGGUCAUGAACCUCCUGAUCAUCAGCUUCGACCGCUACUUCUGCGUGACCCGACCAUUGACCUACCCGGCCAGGCGGACCACCAGACUGGCUGGGCUGAUGAUCGCAGCAGCCUGGCUCCUGUCUCUGUUCCUUUGGGCCCCAGCCAUCCUCUUCUGGCAGUCCCUCGUCGGUAAACGGAUCGUCCCUGACGGGGAGUGCUACAUCCAGCUCCUGUCCAACCCCGCGGUCACACUGGGGAUGACGCUCCCCGCCUUCUACCUGCCGGCGGUCAUCAUGAUUGUCCUGUACACGCGGAUCUCCUUUGCCAGCCGCAGUCGCCUCACUGCAGAGCUACAGAGUAGGAGAGCGAGGACCUCUAGUGGACGACCGAAACAAGGCAGCCAUCUGAAGAGGAGCUGCGUAUUGUCCCAGAGAGACACUGAGCCAAAGAGCGACUUGGCCAUUUCCAUCGAAGCAGAGACGAGUAUCUGCGCUACGCAGGGGAUUAUCAAGGCCCUGAAAGACUCUACAGAGCAGGCCAGCAAUAGUGUCAUCCCCACUUCAGGUGUCCCCCCCUCCCCAGACCACUUACCUAGUGAGAUAAACCAAGACUGCAGAUGGUCCAACAGUAGGGUCACAUUCAACCACACAGGGGAUGAGAACAGCUCUGCAACCAAGGUCUCCCAGCCAAGCUCUAUCCUUAAUGGCUCCAAUACAACUAGUCAGCUCAGAAAAGUGUUUUCCCCAUUCCCCAGCUUCAGCAAGACCCAGGCGAAGAGGAAGAGACGGAUUGUAGCGAGGGAGAGGAAAGUGACCAAGACUAUUUUUGCUAUUCUCCUGGCCUUCAUUCUCACCUGGACUCCUUACAGCGUCAUAGCCAUCAUUGGCACCUACUGUCACUUCUGCGUUCCAGAGACAGUGUGGACCAUGGGCUACUGGCUGUGUUACAUCAACAGCACAGUCAACCCAGUGUGCUAUGCACUAUGUAACGUCACCUUCAGAAAGACCUUCAAGAACCUACUGAGGUGUCAGUACAGAAACACAGGUGUGAAAUGA